AUGUCAACACUUCCCUCGACUUCGUCGAAUUGGGCAGACAACGAGCUAAAUCGCGUCAAUGAUAUGCAUGGGGGUUGGGACAUUCCAGCGACAGGAAAUGGCAAUGCUCACCAGAGGGCCGAAGCGCAGAUUCAUGGCCCAUGCAGCCCAAGUUCACUGGUCAGCGAGACCGGUAAUGUCCUGCGUGGUGAGAAUGAUUCGUCCCUAGGCAUCGCGUCUAAUAGCUGCACUGCAUGGAGAUCCGGGCUACACGGAGAAUCGAACGAACUGCCUGGCAGUGCCGCUGUACCUGCUACAAUGGGUCAGCUCUGCCCGAUACGCGUCGAGGAACGGUGCACCACUGUCCCUCGGACACUAACUCAGACCAAUGCUGAGAGUCUUGUGGCGUACUACACAGACGCCUGGACGGUACACUGUCUACCCGCGCUGCACCCUACAUUCCGUCAUCUUACCUCGCCGUCUGGUCUUGGGUCGGUCGUUACAGACAGCAUUGUCUCUCUAGCGGCAUGCCGACUGAGCAGAAGACUGCCGCAGCGGAAGCUCAUCUUCAGUGCAAAAGCUCCAGCCAUGUCUUUUCGUCCGGACGGCGACCACGAAUCACUCAGCUACGAGCACUACGGCAUCGUGAUGCACAGAUUGGCUACUUGGCAUCCCCGGAACUUCGACGCGAACCCUGUUUUCGGUCUGGCCUUGCUUGUCAUGUUUUGCUAUCUGGAAUCGUCAAUGGGAAACUUUCGAAACUUUCACUUGCAUUCGAAAGCCAUCAAAGUUCUCGUACAGAACCAUUCUGACACAGUUCUUCAGUGUGGACUCGCACUACUAGCCGCUUGGAUCGAGGUAGAAGCGCAGAGCUGGUGGCGGAGAGUAUAUUUCAGCACCCCUGAAUUUCACCAGGGGAAGCAUUCCGGAUCACCACAGCUGCUUGAACCGCAAUUGGCUGCUGCGCUGCAUACCAGCAACACUCCCAGAGCAUCGAUUCUACUUAUACUCUGCGAGUCUCAUCGGUUGAAUAGCACUGCUGUUCUAGUCCGCUGGGGUCAGCGACAUGAUGAGAAACUCCUGGAGAGCGUCGAUACAUGCGCGGACCAUGGACCUAACACUCUUGAAAGGUAUACCGCACAACUCGAAUGUCAGUCAAAGAUGCUGGACAAUUGGCAUGCUUCGCAGUCAAGUACCGAUCUGCCGAUCUCUCCAGUUGCCCUGUGCCCGCAAAGUAGCCUGGGCCAGCCACUUCGAUUCAGAUCUCACGAUGCUGCCAUGAACUUUGCGUACUACGCCACUGCUCGUGUGAUGCAGUGCAUCCAGCCGCUUCAGAUACUCGGCCUAGCAUCGACAGCCGGUCUUCCCUCGGCCUACAAAGAGGCAGAGAUUUGGAUCUCGCUACUGCUUGGCAUAGCCGCUGGUAUCGACUGGAGAGAAUGCAUUAGGUUGAAUGUCUACAGAGUUGGAUUUGCCAGUCUGCUACUCGCCUGUGCCCUUCGCUCGCAUAAUCUGGCCAUUGGAGCCUCAAUGCAGACCUGGCUAGAGGAGAGGCUCCAAAAUACCGAUUUUGAGGAGGGCAAUUUCCCUGUGUUCCAAGUUCUUGGGACACUUCGCCUUAUCAAUCGUGAGCGCAGCAGGGGUUGGGAUGUUAUCUCCCUGCACCAGAUUGAGGAUGAUGGAGGCGGAAGCGGCAAGCUCAGCUCGUAUCAUAGCCAAGAUCUGCAGUCACUCGUGGUUUAUGGAAGAUCCCGGGCUACUGGAGAGCUACGUGUGUAUCAGCGUACAUUAUGA